AUGAAUACCUCCACAGACAAUAGAAAUGAUCAGAUGAGGCCAUUUUCGUUAAAUGAUUUCAGAGGCAAUAUUAUUAAAAUGAAAGGAAGAUUUAUAGGUAAAGUGAGAUGGUGUAGAGAGCAAAGCCCACAAAUCUGGCAAACUGAUUGUCUGGAGAUAACAAGUGCUGGGGCUUUGAAGAAUGUUAACAAUAGUGUAGAUUCAGUAUCUAUGGAUAAUACUGUUAUGUCAUCGACCUCCACUAACGACGCUUCUUCCAGUUCCGGCUAUAUAAUGGUAGCACACCUACAACAAUGUACUAUAAAGCUCAUACGAUGGGAAAAUAGUAUUCCUACCUGUGAACUAGGUUUUGGGGAGUCUGGAACGGGAAAGAUAUACACGCAAUUAUCAGAUGCAUCAAAGUUCUAUGAAUUCUUUUCUGCCCUAACUUGGUGGAGUUCCUACAGAGCUAAGGGCCUGUUCAAUAAACUGACACUCAAUAAAAGCGAAUGCGUUAAGCAACAAAGUGGAGAAAAGAUUGCAAAUCUGCUUGUAUGUCAGUUAAAUGUGUUCGGUCCCAUCGUGAGAAAUAAAAAUAUCCAAAUAAUAGACAACUUAGAAAAACCAGACCUCCUUUUCAAAGAAAAGAAUAUGGAAGCCUGGGGAUGGUUUCCUAGUAUGGGUGUUUUAAAAUCGAAUGGGACUAUGGAUUUUCUGCUACAAAAUGAUGGUACCCUACUUUAUUCUGUUGAUAUUACUAAACUGUUAAGGUCAGAAAUAAGGGCACUUGAUUAUUCGCUAUUAAUGAAUGAUUCAUGCCUUUUUCUCGGUAUAUUAUCUUCUUUGAGAAAUCAAUUAAGUGUAUCGACAGAAAACGGCUUUUUUCUUGGCUAUUUAAAGAAUCGUCUUGCCGAUGAGCAACUUAUACUGCGUUUUCCGCUGAAAAUAGAUCAAGAAGAUUGGUUUAUUGCCUUGAAAUCGUUUGCAAUUCCCGAACGUUUCUCUCUUAUUGCAUCUGAUAGUUCGAAUAGCUUACGGUUGUCGAAUAAGUUUGAUAUCGGUAUUUUAGAGGCAGAUUUGGAAGCAGUUGAACUCGAUGCUCCCAAUGAAAAGCCUGCCUUUUAUUCCCUAGUCUCAAUGUGGGAUCAUGCAUGGGCAAAAACCCCCAUAAUUUCAAAUACCAAACCUUUUUGGAGAGAAGAAUUCAAUUUUCACGAAAGUCUUCUGGUUGAAUCCAUAUAUAUCCAAAUCAUGCAAAAAGUUAGAAGAGGCAUGGAUAAAAUGGUAGGUUUAGUGAAAAUAACCCAGGCUAUGCUUUCAGAUCCGGUUUUUCAAAAGGAAACAAGGGUUCCAUUAUAUUUGACCUCGAACCCGAGUUUCCAGGUGGGUACAAUUUGCAUCAAAAUAAACUCCACUGCAAAUUUUGUGUUACCUCCUACGAAUUAUGCCAAGCUGGAAAGGUUUCUAUCAAUUGCAAGCCUUCCAAAAAUAGCCAAUGACGUAUAUAAAGUGCUUGAAGUCAACCAUUCGCUCAAAUUGGAAGAAGUUUCCUCGACAUGUCUUGAUGUUUUUCAACUAAAUGAGAGAUUAGAUGAAUGGUUUCAGACUUUAAUUGAAAGGGAAUUAUCAACGAUAAACAAAUCGAUAUACAAAAAUAGUCACAAAAACCUGACUUCUUCGCAUAUAUACAAUUCUCUUUUCAGGGGGAAUUCUAUUAUGACUAAAACUACAGAAAAGUACUUCUUCAGAAUAGGGAAUGAGUACCUGAACAAAUCUAUUGGCGCGAUUCUCAGAGAAAUAAUAGAUGACGGCAAAUCAUGCGAGAUUGACCCUUCACGUAUUAGUAAAGAAGUACUUUCCACAGAUAGUUCGAUUAUAAAGCAAAAUCGUAAAAGGCUUAUCACCUGGGUUAAAAAAAUUUGGAAGUUGAUUUAUAGUACAAGCAACGAUUUGCCACCUGAAAUUCGAUCUUACUUGAAAUCGUUCCGAAUGAGUUUAGAAAAAGUAUGUGCUGGCGAUGAAAGUACCAUCUUAAACUGUAUCUCUGGUAUUCUUUUUCUUCGAUUCUUUUGUCCAGUGAUUUUGAAUCCCAAGCUUUUUAAGUUCACUGAACAUCAUCUGAAUGAUACGACUAGAAGAACACUUACUCUUCUUAGCAAAACGUUGAUGAAUUUAUCGACUUUAACACUCUUUGGUAAGAAGGAGCCAUGGAUGAUAGACAUAAAUAGUUUUAUCGAAGGCCAUAAGUCAGAGUUACUCACGUAUGUUGACAGAGUAACAGAUAGGAAAUUGGAUUUUAGCACCAAAACUUUGAAGCUGCAAAGUGGUAUAACAAGGCCAAAACUUCUCAUGAGCAAUUUUUUAUCAAAGGAACUUCAAUCAAGUUCUUAUCUCAUCGACAAGUACUUGAAAGAAACAGAAUUCAUUUAUUUGUUGAACAUGGCCGACAAUAUUUCCCAUAAAAAUUCAGAUAAUCAAAAUUGCAUUUCACAGGAUCUCAGCAUUAAUGAUAUUACAUCUUUUCUCAAGAAUGCAUCCUCUUUAGAUCAGAAAAACGCCCAAAUAGGUGAGUUAGAAUUUGAAAAGUUAACAGAGAAUAAUACAGAGAUUUUUGGCAAGGAUUUACUUCAAUACCUUGUAUUAAAUGAUAUUGAGGAUGAUGAAGCAGGGAAAAAUUCUCGAAUACUAGAUCCAACAUCCGAUGAGGUGGAAUACAGUACCAAACAGCUUUUGCAGGAGUCAUCUUUAUUGUGCUAUAAGCUCCAGAGGCUGAUAAAGGUCCUUUCAGAUUAUGAAUAUCCCUCCGAAGUAAUUCUGAGAGAUGAAGCAUACCUGAGUUUACUUGCAAAACAGAUAUAUUUCACUAAAGACAAGAGAAUUUACAUUUGUAGAAAUAAUUCUUUAACAAGCCCCAAAGAAUAUUUUAAUCUAUUUGACAGUUCCCUCCCCAAUCAAGAUGUGGCACCUUUAUUGUUUGAUUCUUCAUCGGAUAGUGGUAACUUCUCUAUUCCAUCAAGUAGGUGUUCUGGCUCUGAGAAUGUAAGAACCGACGGUAGCAAAAACUAUAUUUCCGGAAAUAGUAAUCCAUCCAGGAGCUUAAGUAGGUUGACUUCCACGAAAAUUUCAAGAUUCAUAAGAGUCGGUUCCUCAAACAAUAUAAAAGGCCAGUUGAAGCAGAAGAGCGAUGGGGUCAGGAAAGAAGAUUAUGCUGACUCAAGGACCGUUAACAACACUUCAAGAAAAUCGGGAAUGUUCUGGUUUAUGAGGAAAUGA